CCAGCCCGCGGCAGAGAGAGCGGGGCAGCGGCGGGCACGCCCAGAAACGCGGGGCUGGGCCUGAGCGCCCCCGCCGACCCCUCCCCACAUCCAGCCUCCACAGGUCCUCCCGAAACACAGUCCAGACCAAAAGGCUCGCUCCGUCACAGACGGGGAAACGGAGCAGGGCGUUCAUUUCCGGUGGGGGUGCCGCGCCCAGUGAGGGCCCGGAAGUGGGUCGCGCGAAGAUUGCUGGGCGGUUCUUGCCGGAAGUGGAGAGCGGCUGGUCGCAGUCGCGAGGUGAGGCAGAACUCUGAGCAGGUGGUACAUUAUGGCUGACAUGCAAAAUCUGGUAGAAAGAUUGGAGAGAGCAGUGGGCCGCCUUGAGGCAGUCUCCCAGGCUUCUGACACACACUGUGGGUAUGGAGACAGUGCUGCAAAAGCAGGAACAGCUCCAUAUGUGCAAGGCUUUGACUCACUGCUGGCCGGUCCUGUGGCAGAGUACCUCAAGAUCAGUAAAGAGAUUGGGGGAGAUGUGCAGAAACAUGCAGAGAUGGUCCACACAGGUCUGAAGUUGGAGCGAGCUCUCUUGGUUACAGCCUCUCAGUGCCAGCAGCCAGCAGGAAACAAGCUUUCUGAUUUGUUGGCACCCAUCUCCGAGCAGAUCCAAGAAGUGAUAACCUUUCGGGAGAAGAACCGAGGCAGCAAGUUGUUCAAUCACCUGUCUGCUGUCAGCGAAAGUAUCCAGGCACUAGGUUGGGUGGCUAUGGCUCCCAAGCCUGGUCCCUAUGUGAAGGAAAUGAAUGAUGCUGCCAUGUUUUAUACAAACCGAGUCCUCAAGGAGUACAAAGAUGUGGAUAAGAAGCAUGUGGACUGGGUCAAAGCUUACUUGAGUAUAUGGGUAGAGCUGCAGGCUUACAUUAAGGAGUUCCAUACCACUGGACUGGCCUGGAGCAAAACGGGGCCUGUGGCAAAAGAAUUGAGUGGAUUGCCGUCUGGACCUUCUGCUGGAUCGGGUCCCCCUCCCCCCCCACCAGGCCCACCUCCACCCCCAGUCCCCACCAGUUCAGGCUCAGAUGAGUCUGCUUCACGCUCAGCACUGUUUGCGCAGAUUAAUCAGGGGGAGAGCAUCACACAUGCCCUGAAACAUGUAUCUGAUGACAUGAAGACUCACAAGAACCCUGCCUUGAAGGCUCAGAGUGCUCCAGUACGAAGUGGCCCCAAACCAUUCUCUGCAUCUAAACCAGGAGUCAGCCCAUCCCCCAAACCAGUCAUAAAGAAGGAGCCAGCUCUACUUGAACUGGAGGGCAAGAAGUGGAGAGUGGAAAAUCAGGAGAAUGUUUCCAACCUGGUGAUAGAUGACACAGAGCUGAAACAGGUGGCUUACAUAUUCAAGUGUGUCAACUCGACAUUGCAAAUCAAGGGCAAAAUUAACUCCAUUACAGUAGAUAACUGUAAGAAACUCGGCCUGGUGUUCGAUGACGUGGUGGGCAUUGUGGAGAUAAUCAAUAGUAGGGAUGUCAAAGUUCAGGUAAUGGGUAAAGUGCCAACCAUUUCCAUCAACAAGACAGAUGGCUGCCACGUUUACCUGAGCAAGAAUUCCCUGGAUUGCGAGAUAGUCAGUGCCAAAUCUUCUGAGAUGAAUGUCCUCAUUCCUACAGAAGGCGGUGACUUUAAUGAGUUCCCAGUCCCUGAGCAGUUCAAGACCAUGUGGAAUGGGCAGAAGUUGGUCACCACAGUGACAGAAAUUGCUGGAUAAGCAAAGUGCCACUGGGUUCUCUGCCCUCUCCCUCACACCAUGGGAUAAAUCUGUAUCAAGACGGUUCUUUUCUAGAUUUCCUCUACCUUUCUGCUCUUAAACUGCUUCUCUGCUUUGAGAAGCACAGCUACCUGCCUUCACUGAAAUAUACCUCAGGCUGAGAUUUGGGGUGGGAUAGCAGGUCAUUGAUCUUCUGCAGGAAGGUGCAGCUUCUCCAUAUCAGCUCAACCACACCGCCAGUCCAUUCUUAAGGAAGUGCAGAUCAGGACAGGUGUGUUUUUGCUUUCAGCCUUUGGAGUUUAUUUGACCAACAAAUAGUCUUGGGAAGAAUAAAGCAGUCCCCAGGAAUUAACAGACCAGAAUGUUCACACAAGUUAAUCUUUUUCUAACAAUGAGCAUGAAGGUAGCAGAAGCUGGUGUGAUCCUAGUUGGUUCUUCUAACAAACUAAUUUCACUAUUGACAAGUGAGGCAAGGGUUGCACAGGACCAAAGGCUGAAGCUUGGCCAUCUAGCAUUCCAAGCAAAAUGAUUUCCUGUAAGCAUUCCUUUUCUUCUGCAUUCCAUCCUGCAUCUGCCCGAACCUGAGAUAGUAAGUUGUCCUGUGUUAGCUGCUGUGGCGGUGCCCUGCACCCAGGCCAGCUAAAGGAGUCUUGGACCCUUCCUCUCUCUGGGGCCCCUGCCCAGCACCUUCCUACAGAGAUGACUUAGGAAAAAAAAAGAAAACCACACCAUUCCCAGGAAUCUGGCUUCCCUUGCUCCUUCCAUGCUAGGUGCCCAUCAUCCAUCUUCAUUGCCUCCUUUGCCCUGUCAUGCUCAACAGCUUCUGGCUUCUGUCUGGGCACCUGAACAGAGGACUAAAAUCUCCACUGCAGGCUGGUUUUAGGUCUUGUGUAAAAAUCUUGCACAGCAUUGCUAACGUAAAUUUCAGUUCUUCCUCUAGGACAAACACUUUACCAAAAUAUGCAACUUUUUUUGGUGGGAAGAGAGAUUGUCCUGUGAUUUCUACCCAUUUCCUGAGGCCUGUGGAAAUAAACCUUUAUGUACUUAAAGUUAUACAGAAAAUAGAAUAAAAUUAAUACCAAACUCA